AUGAAUACUCCAGCCACAGCCCUUAUAGCUCACUGUAAUCGGCCUAGUAUUUUUCUAAACAACGAAUACAGCAGCACCAUUGGCGAAGGGGGCAGUUUUGGUGAGCUGGCUCUAAUCUAUGGCACACCGCGUGCGGCCACAGUCAAAGCGAAAAGCGAGGUAAAAUUGUGGGGUAUCGAUCGGGACUCAUAUCGUCGCAUUUUGAUGGGAAGCACAAUACGACGGCGAAAGAUGUAUCAGGAAUUUCUCUCACGUGUGCCCAUAUUAGAUAAUCUGGAUCAAUGGGAACGUUUGACAGUUGCUGAUGCCCUAGAACCCGUACGUUUUGAGGAUGGCGAAGUUGUGGUUCGUCAGGGAGAAGCCGGUGACGAUUUCUUCAUCAUUACUGAGGGGGAUUUAAUGACCGAGCUUACGAUUAACCGUAUCCCCGUUCACUUUUUCAUCUUAUCGUGGAUGAAGGGAACCGCGAAGGUGUUACAGAAACCGUCUGAAUCCGUGGAACCGGUUGAAGUUGGUAAAUUGCGACCCUCCGACUAUUUCGGUGAGAUCGCCUUGCUACUUGAUCGUCCUCGAGCAGCCACAGUCGUUGCGCAGGGUCCGUUGCGUUGUGUCAAACUCGACCGCAAACGAUUCGAGCGUGUGAUGGGUCCGUGCUCGGAUAUUUUGAAACGAAAUAUCGCCAAGUACAAUAGCUACAUUUCGCUUAGUGUUUGA